UAUAUGAUCAGAUUUCUAUCAUAUCAUAUCACACAAACCACUUCAAAUAACCUCAUUCCCACUUUAAUCAUAUAAAUAAAAAUGGUGAAAUUCUCAAAGGAGCUAGAAGCUCAACUAAUUCCAGAAUGGAAGGAAGCAUUUGUGAACUAUUGGCAGCUGAAGAAACAAAUAAAGAGAAUCAAACUCUCAAAAAUUCCAAAACAAAAUCACCAUGCGGAUGGAGAUUCCAUUUUCAAUUCUCUUUGUUUUAUGGUUAAGAAAAUCACCAGCAACUUUUCACUUGGUACAGACCAUGACAAUAUGAAUAUAAUUAAGGUGAGGAAGAAAAGCAUAAAAAGCAGCGGAGAAGAAAUAUACGAAACAGAGCUUGUAGAGUUAUUUUCGGAAGAGGAUGAGGUGAGGGUAUUUUUUGUGAGGCUGGAUGAAGAGCUAAAUAAGGUGAACCAAUUUUACAUAAAACAAGAGAAAGAGUUGAAUGAGAGAGGAGAAACACUAAACAAGCAGCUUCAAAUAUUGUUAGAGCUUAAGCAAAUUAUAAAUGAUCGGCGACACAAAAAUUAUCGCCCAACAAAGACUAAGACAAAUCAUUCUGAUACUUUUCCCCGUUCUCCACCUACGGAUUCCCAUUUCUCAGAAAGUUUUGGAGAAUCGGACGAUACAAAUUCAGAAAUUUCACAUACAGAUGAGAUAAUUGCAAGUUUAGAGAGAAAUGGUGUAAAUUUUGUGAAUUCAGCAACGAGGACAAAAACAAAGAAAGGAAAGCCUAAAAUGGCAAUGAGAAUUGAUCUUCCAGCUACCAAUGCAACUCGUGCAAUAACAGCUAUUACUAGCAUGUUGUGGGAGGAUUUAGUUAACAAUCCAACUGGGGAUUUUAUUCAUAAGAAAAAGAUUCAAUGUGCUGACAAAAUGAUUAGAAGUGCAUUUGUCGAGCUCUAUAGAGGCCUUGGCUUACUCAAAACUUACAGCUCACUGAAUAUGGUAGCAUUUUCAAAGAUACUAAAGAAAUUUGAUAAGGUGUCUUGUCAAAAAGCUUCUACAAGUUAUUUAAAAGAAGUGAAGAGAUCUCAUUUCGUUAGUUCUGAUAAGGUUGUUAGACUAAUGGACGAAGUGGAAUCCAUAUUCACAAAGCACUUCGCCAACAAUGACAGAAAAAAGGCAAUGAAGUUUUUAAGACCCCAACAACAUAAAGAUUCUCAUAUGGUCACUUUUCUUGUCGGGUUGUCUACAGGUUGUUUCGUGUCGUUGUUUUGUGUAUAUGCAAUUUUGGCUCAUUUAUGUGCUAUUUUCUCUCCUAAUAAUGAGUCGCCUUAUAUGGAAACUGUCUAUCCUGUUUUCAGUGUGUUUGCAUUGUUAAGCCUACAUUUGUUUAUGUAUGGAUGCAAUCUAUACAUGUGGAAGAGAACAAGAAUCAAUUACAAUUUCAUAUUUGAGUUCUCCCCAACCACAUCACUGAAGCAAAGAGAUGCAUUUUUAAUAUGCACUGCCUUAAUGACAACUGUGUUUGGAGCAAUGGUUGUGCACCUUCUUUUAAGGGCUGCAGGCUUUUCUCCUAACCAAAUUGAUUCCCUUCCUGGAAUAUUACUUCUGACUUUCAUAGCUCUUCUCAUUUGUCCAUUAGACAUUUUUUAUCGCCCGACUCGUUACUGCUUCAUCCGCGUCAUUCGCAACAUAGUCUGCUCUCCAUUUUAUAAGGUUCUACUAGUAGACUUUUUUAUGGCUGAUCAACUAACUAGCCAGAUUCCAUUGCUAAGGCAUUUGGAAACUACAAGUUGUAACCUUUUGGGUAGAGUUUUCAAAACACACCACCCUGAGACUUGCCAUUCUGGAAGACUAUAUAUGGAAAUAACUUAUAUCAUCUCAUUUUUGCCAUAUUAUUGGCGUGCUAUGCAAUGUGCAAGACGGUGGUUUGAUGAUGGCGAUGUGAACCAUUUGGCUAACAUGGGAAAGUAUGUUUCGGCGAUGAUCGCAGCAGGGGCUAGAGUAACAUACAGCAGACAAGAUAACCAUCUGUGGUUUGCAAUUGUCAUAAUCACUUCUGUGAUGGCAACAUGUUAUCAAUUGUAUUGGGACUUUAUCAAGGAUUGGGGAUUUUUUAAUCCCAAGUCAAGAAAUCCAUGGCUUAGAGAUGAUUUGGUUCUAAGGAGAAAAAGCAUAUACUAUAUGUCUAUUGCUUUAAACAUUGUCCUGAGGGUGACAUGGGUGGAAACUAUCAUGCAUUUCAACGUCGGACAUGUUCAGUCGCGGAUGCUAGAAUUUUUGUUAGCCGCACUUGAAGUUAUUCGAAGAGGACAUUGGAAUUUCUACAGGUUGGAAAAUGAGCAUCUCAAUAAUGUUGGUCAUUACCGGGCAGUGAAGACAGUUCCAUUGCCAUUUCGAGAGACAGAUUAUGACUAUUGAGGACUCAAUUAAAAUACAUGUAAAGUCGACCUGCAGAUGUGGCAUGCAAAAGAAAAGGAGUCAUAUUUUAUCAUUUAUCAGAAGCCUCGCAAUGCAAAAGGCGCAUCGUCGAUGAUAUUUUGAUGUCUGUCCUUUUGUUUAUCAUCUAUUUCUUUUUUUGUUCAACUGGUUUCAGCAAUAAGAGGCUUGUUUCUUUUUCAUCUACUACAAAUGUAAUCAACUUAACUAGUUGAAUGAGUACAAAAGAGAUUAUUUAUAGACCACAGUUAUUCCCAAGGAUUAGAAAUAUA